UCAUGAGAUUUCGGUGGAGGGUUUGAAGCCCGAUGAGUUUGGCCAGCAUUCGUGAUUGGCCGCGUCCUCAGUCUGUGACUGAGACAAGGUCCUUCUUAGGGAUGACCGGCUACUAUCGCAAUUUUGUGAAGAGCUAUAGAAUAGUUGCCGCCCCUUUGACAGACCUAGCCCGACUUGACACCCCAUGGGACUGGACAGCCAGGUGCGAGGCUGCUUUCAGACAUCUGAAGCAUGCGUUGACGCAUCAUGAGGUCUUGAAACUUCCUGAUCCUAACAAGCUGUUUAUAGUAACCAUGGAUGGCAUCCAAUAUGGCAUUGGUGCCGUGCUAGCGCAACAGGAGGGGCCAAAGUUGAGGCCAGUCGAGUACAUGUCCAAGAAGAUGCCGUCUCAGAAGUUGGCAAAGUCCACUUAUGAGAAAGAGCUCUACACGAUUUACAAGGCACUGACCCAUUGGACACAUUACCUCCUUGGGAGGCCUGAUUUCUCUGGUGCGCUGAUUACUGAGUUUGAGCUCGCAGACGAUGUCACUCGCUCUUUGGUGGAAGCCUAUCGUGAGGACCAGUUUAUGUCUGAGAUCAUUCGCAGACUCGAGGCGAAGGACAAAGUGACUUUUGUCGAGUUCAAGUUGGUCAACGACUUGCUGUUCCUUGAGAAGGCCGGGAAUAAACAUCUGUGUGUGCCUAAUCGGGAGUCUUUGCGCAGUUUAUUUUUAGGAGAGUGUCAUAAUGCCACCGGCCAUUUUGGCUACAAGAAGACAACAACUAAUCUGCUGCAGCAGUUCUGGUGGCCCACGAUGAUGAGAGACGCUAAGCUGUACGUGGAGACUUGUCAGAUCUGUCAGAGGGACAAGCCACGUACACAAGCUCCUCUUGGGCUUCUGAAGCCCCUUCCGAUUCCGGAAAGGCCUGGUGAGAGCCUGUCCAUGGACUUCAUGGAUACGCUGGUCACCAACAAGAGUGGAAUGCGCUACGUCUAUGACAUUGUGGGUAGGUUUAGUAAGUACGCUAGGUUAGUCGCAAUGCCAGCAACAGCUAAAACUGAGUAUGUGAUCAAGCUGUUCAAAGAAAACUGGGUCAGAGAUUUCGGACUGCCUAAAUCUAUAGUUAGUGACCGGGAUGUGCGAUUCACCAGUGAAUUGUGGAAAGAUGCAGCUGCGGAAUAGGGCACGCAGUGGCAAAUGACAUCAGGCAAUCACCCAGAGGUGAAUGGGCAGGCAGAGCAGUUAAACCGCGC